AUGUCUCCCGUUGAAAUGAAGAAAAAAAACGAGACCAAUUCGAGACUCGAGCCACAAACACAUAACGAAUACACUGCACCUGGCUUUGACGUGCUGGAUCUCGACGCCGUGGAAAAGCUACUUCAAGAUCCAGAUAAUGUAGUUUUUUGUCAUGCUGUCACAGUAGUCAAGAUAUCACCGGAAGUGGUUGUCAAGUUUGGACCCGAUUUCAAUAAUAUUGAGGCUAGAAACAUGAUGUAUGUUGCAAAAAAAACACCGCGGUACCUGUACCGAAAGUUUUCGCCUAUUCAACAUACGGGCCUAUUGAUCAUGACAUUGGUGACUAUGGAAGCUUAUACGAUGCCUAUAUCUUUAUGA